GAGUAUAGUUUUUAUAUGGAUGUUGCAUUUAAUUGAGGGCGGUUUAAGAUUCAUAAUACAACUGAAAAUGGUAAAAUCAUAUUGGUAACCAUUACCUCUCCAAGUGUAUCUCUUCGAUAUAUGUAGCAAUGUGUUGGACCUAUAUUUUUCGGAGUCCACUAGGAGGUUAUUCGGUGUCGCUUUAAACGUGGCCACUGUAAAGAGAGUCACCACGAUAUAACUUAUAUAUUUUUUUACAUUAAAGAUAGACGUAGUCAUUUAGCCACCGUGAGUAUUUUUAUUAUAGUGUAAAAAAAAAUGUUUUUAUGUUUUGCUAAACUCUUAGGUUAGUCUUUCCGGCUUGUCAGCUCGCUCUACUCUGUGGCGGCUGAAGAAAAAAAGAACCAGUUGGCAAGCGAAGCGAACGCUCGGAGCCAGCAGCAAACUAGCCAUUUCAUCGUUUAUUUUUGUCGUAAGCACUGGCUUACUUGUGAAGAUUGUUUCGUUUUAUCCUAAAGACUGUUUGGAGUUUGUCUGCCUUGGAUUACGGAUAUUACACAUUUCCCUGUAUUAAACAUUAACUGUGCUAGCUAGCUAAACAUUUUAUUUGUGCGACGACAGCUGUCAUUUGGAGAAGGAAAAGUGAUCCGUCAUGCGUGAGAAAUGAAGCUGAUUUCUACUGGAUUUACAUUUUAACAUCCUUCAAAUGGGCGACGUUAACGUUCAAUAUUUGAGAACUGCGGUGGUAUUGCCUUAGUAACUAGUGUGGCCACCUAGCUUGCUACUUAUACUUAUCGUUGGACAGAAGACCGCUAGUUAGCUGGCUAUAUCAUUCAUUCAGCCUCAUAAAUACACUAACUACAAAGUGAUAUAACUAUAGCAAUAUCGCUUACAAUUUUGGACAUGAAGAAAAUAACCUACUAUUCAUAGGGUUGAAAGAAUGUCAUCAGAGGAUAAGACUGUGGAGCCCUCUGACCAGGGGCCCUCGCUGCCCUCUGUUAGUGCAGGGGCCACGUCCACAGGAAGCCCUGCCCAGACAGACAAGCGCCCCAGGGGCAGACCUCGCAAGGAUGCUACCACCACCAUCGUACCCCAGGCUCCACCCACAACUACAUCCAAGACCAGGAAGAAGGGGCGUACCAGAGGUAGAGUGGUUGUGGAGGAGGAGGACAGCAGCAUGGACGGGACGGAGGCAGCCGCCUCAGGGAGCCCCCCUCAGGACACAACAGAUACACCAGCCCAGCAGCCUGUGGAGAGUGUGGAGGUGGGUGCCACUGAAGGACCAGAGGAGGGGGAAGAGAAGCCCUCUUCUCCCCAGGUCCAGAGCCCUCAGACUAGUGAAGCAGCUGAGCUUUCUGGUCCUAUCACCAACAGAGGAGUUAAAAGCAGUGAGCAGCUCUGUGCCUUCUGUUACUGUGGCGGCCGCAGUCUGCUGGGUCAGGGGGAUCUCCAAGUGUUCGACUCCUCGCCUGGACACAAGCGCAAUGCGACAGGAGGAGGAGGCCAGGCCAACGACCACAGCAAGGCCAGCAAAGGAUACGGCAGAGAUGACAGCGGUGUUGACAGAACCACUCAGCCCAGCGAUGCAGCCGGAGAUGCCAGCUCAGGACAGAGAGGCACACAGAAUGGAGCUGAGAGCCAUGGGGAGUUACCCGACCCAGACAAGGCCAGCAGGUUGUGGGAUGAGCUGGCUCACGUCGGCCUCCCAGGAGAUGUGGACGUCCAGUCUUUCUUUGAGGAGUCGGGGCAGUGCUUGGCGCAUCACUGUUGUGCGUUGUGGUCGCAAGGCGUGUGCGAAGGCGAGGGACAAUCACUGCUCAACGUGGACAUAGCCAUCGACUCAGGGAGCAUAGAGCACUGUGCAUACUGUAAACGCCUUGGAGCCUCCAUCAAGUGCUGUGCUGAAGGAUGUGCACGACUGUACCAUUACCCCUGCGCGGGGGCGGCUGGGACUUUUCAGGAUAUCAGGAGUCUCUCCCUCCUCUGUUCAGAACACAUAGAACUGGCCAUCAGCAGAUUUCCAGACGAUUCUAUCUGUGCACUUUGUGACAGCCCCGGGGAGCUCCCUGACCAGCUCUUCUGUACCAGCUGUGGGCAGCACUACCACGGGUCCUGCCUGGACAUGGCUGUGACUCCGCUGAGGAGGGCCGGCUGGCAGUGCCCCGAGUGCAAGGUCUGCCAGACUUGCAAGAACCCGGGUGAGGACGAUAAGAUGUUGGUGUGUGACAUGUGUGACAAAGGCUACCACACCUUCUGCCUGCAGCCGGCCAUAGACGACAUCCCUACCAACGGAUGGAGGUGUCAGAACUGCAGAGUGUGUAUCCAGUGUGGUACGAGGACGAGCGGUCAGUGGCACCACACAAGCCUGCUGUGUGAUAGCUGUGUCCAACAUCAGGACCCCGCCCUUACCUGUCCACUAUGUGCCUGUAUCCUGGACCCUGAGCACCAAAAAGACCUGCUCUCCUGCCACAGCUGUAAAAGAUUGCUCCACCUGGAGUGCGAGCGCCAGUCGUCAGGCCAAGCAGACAUCCAGCCCAGCCAGGGCUAUGUAUGUUCAAGCUGCAGGCCUACUGGAUCACCACCACAACAGGCCCCACUGCAGGCAGAGGAGGAGGCGGAGGAGAUGGACACAGGAGGCCUAGAGCUGAGCCCACAGGCUGCUAUUCAGAUGCACACAGAAUCAGAACCGGUUGUUCCAACGCACACGGAUCUAGAACCUGGCGCUAAGCAACUGUGGUCUCCUUCUCCAAUGCACAACGACCCAGAAACGCAAUUACAACCCGUUCCAAUGCCCACAAAGGCAGAACCAGAGCCUGUCCAAGCCACCAACACUGUCUGUGAGAACGCCCUUGAGGAUAGGCAGCCACAGCAGGCUACAUCAGACCAGCAGCCUGGUGUGUCGGUGGAAGCUGCUGCUGUUGAGGGGGUGGAGCAAGAGACUGAGGUGUCUGUCAACAAGGACCGGAGCCAAUUACAUACAGAAAUGCAACCAGCAGCAGAGACCCUGAUCACUUCAAAAGAGAGUCCUGAGUCUCCCAGGUUGAACAAGCAGGAGCCUGAGCAGCCCAUACAUCUGCCAACCCAGACUCUAGCAGAGCCAGAGCAGCCACAGGAUAUGACAACAGGAAUGACCAAGUCAGCAAACACAGAACCCUCUUCUGAAAAGAGGGUGGUCAAACCCAGACCCAGCACAGAGGACAUUAAGGCCUUGACCCCACCCACCACCACCACCAAAGAACCUAGUACUGCAUCCUUAACCAUCAAGGAAGAACCCAUGGAGGCCUCAGGCUCUGAGCCUUCAGACGUGGAACAGGUUGAAGGUCCUUCAGGUCUGGAGACUGCAGCGAAGGAGGCUUGGAGGGAGAAACAAAUGUCUGGGAUUCUGACUGAUGGGGUUUCGACGGUGGCCGGCGCCUCGGAAGAGAUGGACACCACACCUGAGACUGAGAGCAAGCCUAACCUCUCCCACCUCAGCCCCCCCAUCAAUGAUAAGCCCUACAAGACAUCUAUGGAAAGACUGGCAGAGAUGGCUGCCUCCCCUACCCACUCCUCCCCUAGGAACAGGGGUCCCUCUCCCAGGCAGCCUCCCCAACCCCAACCCCACCACCCCCACCCUACCCUGGGGGAAAACGGCAGCAGCUUCUCCUCCACCACCCUCAUACCACUCACCCCUAAGAUUGGCAUGGGCAAGCCAGCCAUCUCCAAGAGGAAGUUCUCCCCAGGCAGACCCAGGGUGAAGCAGGGCGCAUGGCAUGGGAGCCCCCAUAGCAGUGUGAGCUCUCCCUCCUGGUCCCCAGACCAGCCAGAGGGGUGGGACGUCUCAAAUACCAGGCAGCUCUCCUCCGGCUGCGGUAGCCCCGGGUGGAGCAUCCGAGUGGGUCGAGGGUCAGGCUUCCCUGGGAGGAGGCGACCCAGAGGGGUGGGGCUGUCGGGCAGAGGAGGGCGGGGCCGAGCCAGGGGGAAGAACUGCGCCAGUCCCACAGUCAACCCGGGGGUGACCUCCAUGGAAUCACCAUACCAGGUAAAGGAAGAAGAGGAGAAUGCCAUGCACAACACUGUGGUCAUAUUCUCCAGCAACGACAGUUUCACAUUGAAACAGGACAUGUGUGUGGUGUGUGGGAGCUUUGGUCUGGGUGCUGAGGGUCGUCUCCUGGCCUGUGCCCAGUGUGGGCAGUGCUACCACCCAUUCUGUGUUGGCAUCAAGAUCACCAAGGUGUUGUUGAAUAAAGGCUGGCGCUGUCUGGAGUGUACGGUGUGUGAAGCGUGCGGCCAGGCCACCGACCCGGGCCGUCUGCUGCUGUGUGACGACUGUGACAUCAGCUACCACACCUACUGCCUGGACCCUCCGCUGCAGAACGUUCCCAAGGACAGCUGGAAGUGCAAAUGGUGUGUGUCCUGUACCCAGUGUGGUGCCACCUCGCCAGGCCGGAGGUGUGAGUGGCAGAAUAAUUACACCCAGUGCGCCCCCUGUGCCAGCCUGGCAACGUGCCCCUUCUGUCUCCAGGACUACAGCGAGGGCGAGAUUGUGGUGCAGUGCCGCCAAUGCGACAGAUGGAUCCAUGGUUCCUGCCAGGGUCUCCAUUCGGAAGAGGAUGUGGAGAAAGCAGCAGACAGCAGCUUUGACUGCACCAUGUGCCGUGUCCACAAGACCUCCAAGGCACUAGUGUCCAAGGCCAGAGACUCCAUUGAGCCGGCAGUUAUGACGCAAGUUGUCACAAAGGCUAAAGAAAUGGACUUGGCGAGGACGUACACUCAGGACGGUGUGUGUCUGACGGAGUCGGGCCGGUGUCAGCUCCAGAGCCUGUCGGCCCCUGCAUCGCGCCGUAGGAAACCCAAGCCCAAGCUGAAGCUGAAGAUCAUCAACCAGAAUAGUGUGGCAGUGCUGCAGGCCCCCAUGGACCUGCUGUCAGAACACUCCCGGGACGAGGACAUGGAGGACCACAGAGAGACGGACCUUUCUCUGGACUGUGAGGGGAAGUCUGACUCGAGCCCGGAGCGAGAGCCAGCAGAAGACAAGUCCAAGGGGGCCGACGACAGCAAGAAGAGGAAGAGGAAGCCGUACCGGCCGGGCAUCGGUGGCUUCAUGGUGCGGCAGCGGAGCCGUCCAGGUCAGGGCCCAGGCAAGGCCAAACGAUCCCUGAGCAGGAAGGAUUCCUCUGGCUCUGUUUCUGAACCCCCCACAGGGAAGGAGGAGGGCUGGGGAGAGGUGCUGCCUGACACCCCUUUGGAACAGACUCCCCCUGGGCUGGAGGCCCCAGAGAAGAUCAAGAAACGCUAUAGGAAGAAGAAAACCAAGCUAGAGGAGGCCUUUCCCACCUACCUGCAGGAGGCGUUCUUCGGUAAGGACCUGCUGGAUAAGAGCAAGCAGAGCAGGCAACAGGCGGUGGAGUCUGGCCUAAUGGAGGAGGGCCAAGCAAGGGCCGGAGCCGGGCCCCAGAGGGACAGGAAGCAACCCACCACCAGCUUCCUGGACCCCUCCUCGUACCCCCUCCUCAGUGUGACCUCGGGCACGUCCAGACCCACCAGACCACCAGGACCUCAGCCCUCUGAAGAACCUCUAGUGGAUCUGUCGGAGGUUCUCAAUACGGAUGCAGAUCUCCUGGGAAUGCUGGGGAAACAGACAGGUGACUCUGGUCUUGAUUUUUUCCAUUUCCAGGUUGACACCUCACCUCCUCCUUUUGUUGGUCUGGACAUUGGACCCCUGACAGACAGCUCCCCAGCGCAGUCUCAGUCCGGCCGGAGGCCACUCCGUACGCUCCCAGAUGAACAUCUGGACGGGAUCCUCAGUCCAGAGCUGGAGAUGGCUGACGGUCUGGAGAUGGCUGACGAAUCGAUUCUCAGCAAACUCUACAAAAUACCAGAGCUGGAGGGGAAGGACGUGGAGGACCUGUUCACUGCCGUCCUGAGCCCCAGCCAUCCACCACAGCUGCCUCACCCCCACGGCCCACCUGGAGCCAGCCUGACACACCCACAUGCAGGGAAUGCCAUGUUUCCACGGAUGCCAAUGAUAAACGGGCUGAUGGGACCUAACCAACGAUUCCCUCUGAAUCCGCCCCAUCCCGGAGCAGAAUCAUGUAUCCCAGAUAACUUCUCCCCCCUCCACCGCAUGCCUUUCACUGACAAUCCAAGGGACAGGAAGUUUAAUCAGAUGGCCAGAGAGGCAGUGGGUUCGUGGCAGGGGGCUCCUGGCCCUGUCCACAGUGGACCAGGCCCCACCCCUCUUCCUGGUGCUGAGGGGGGCGAGGCGGAGGCCAUGUCCAAUGCCCAGAGGAGCACACUGAAGUGGGAGAAGGAGGAGACUCUGGGGGAACUAGCCACUGUGGCCCCUGUCCUCUACACCAAUGUCAACUUCCCCAGCCUCAAGGAUGAGUUCCCAGACUGGUCUACAAGAGUCAAACAGAUUGCAAAGCUGUGGAGGAAAGCAAGUUCGCAAGACAGGGCCCCGUAUGUGCAAAAAGCGAGGGACAACAGGGCUGCUCUGCGCAUCAACAAGGUUCAGAUGUCCAACGAGAGUCUGAAGAGGCAGCAGUCGCAGCAGCUGCCGCUGUCCCAGCUGCCCCCGGCCUCACUGCAGCCUCCCGACGAGGUGUUUGACCCCAACAUACCGCUAGACACAGACUUGCUCUUUAAGGACCCUUUGAAACCCAAAGAGUCAGAGCAUGAGCAAGAGUGGAAGUUUAGACAGCAAAUGAGACAGAAAAGCAGGCAGCAAGCCAAGAUCGAAGCCACCCAGAAGCUGGAGCAGGUGAAGAAUGAGCAGCUGCAGCAGCAGCAACAGCAGUCAGGCAGCCAGUCGGAGGGAGACGGUAACAACAGCGGCAACCAGAGUCCUUCCUCCCAGCACGGCAGCAACGGCAGCAUGUCCCCCAUGCAGCACAGCACCGGGGGGAAAGAGGGCUUCAUCCAACGUCAACUCCCAGGGACGCCCACCUCGGGGCCCCCUGAAGAUGUGUUCCUGCGGCCCCCUCCUCCCCCUCCUUCAGGGGGGUCCUCUCAGCCCCAGUCGCCCCAGGUGUUCUCCCCUGGCUCAUCCAGCUCCAGACCCUCCUCUCCCUGGGACCCCUAUGCCAAGAUGGUAGGGACCCCCAGACCUCCAACUCUGGGGCCCAGCGCGUGUCGCAGGAUGUCCAUGGAGUCUGGCAAGUCUCCCACCUCUUUGAUGGAGCAACAGGACAGAGGGAGGCUCACGUCUCCGGCUCAUGAGGCUUUCGGCUCCCCCACGUCUAUGAGUAGGGAGAUGGAUCCCUAUGCCAAGCCCCCUGACACCCCCAGGCCUGUUGCUGGGGACAUUGACCCCUUCCUAAAGCCUAUGUGCCCACCCAGAGUCAACCAGGGUCCCCAGGGAAGGCCCCUGAUAGGCUCUCCAGUGCGUGGAGACCCUUACUCUAGACCCAUGAUCCGCCAAGAGGCCUACCAACGAAUGGCUCAAAACAGGAUGAUCCUGUCAGACCCUUACUCCAGACCUCUGUUAGCUCCCAUCCCGGGGAGCAACGAGCAGGGCUCAGUCCCUCAGUCUUUGUUCAAGACCCCCAUGCCCCCACCCCAGCCCCAGGACCCCUUCAACAGACCAAUGCCUCAUCCCCCAGACCGGUUCUCUCAGCAGGGAGACCCCUACGCUCAGGCCCCUCUGACCCCUCGACCUCAUGAUAGCUUCACCAGUCCACCGAGGAUGGCCCAGCACCAUACCCAGGGCCACCCCUUCCCCCAGCCCGGCCCAAUGGCACAGUUACCCAACCGAAACCCUUACACCCAUGCUCCCUCUACUCCAAGGCCCGACCACUUCACAUAUGACCCCUUUGCCCAACCCCCAGGACCCUCAUCAGACCCCUAUGCUCAGAUGCCAGGUACCCCUAGACCUAUGAAUGACCUUAUCAGCCAACUUCCUGGAAACAGACCAUUCUUUGAGUCCGGCUAUGCUCGACCUCCAGGCACUCCUCGUCCAAACGACAACUACAGCCAAUCCUCUGACCCUUAUUCCCAGCAGCCCAACACCACUCGCCCUGGUAUGAACCAUUUCCACCACCCUCACCCACACCCCCAGCCCCCCGGUCAGAGGAUGUCCCCCGGGCACUCCAUGGAUCCCUACACACAGCAACCUGGUACCCCUCGGCCCCCCAGGUUCUCAAAGUCCCCAGGCAGCCAGAGACUAGCCCCCAUGGAUCCCUACACUAGUCAACCUGGAACACCCAGGCCUUUGAGCGGUGACAUGUUCUCCCAGACCCCCAGGCCUAUGCUGAAUGACCCGUACGCCCAGGCUCCAAGCACCUCGCAGCCAGGGAUGGGGUCUGACAGGCUGAGCAGACUGCGGGGGCAGAGGCCUGGUCCCAUGGGGAACCAGGAUCCCUUCUCCCCUCCUCAAAGCGUUAGGCUCCAAGAUGCUCCCUUUCCACACCCUGGGUCACAGACACCAAAGCAUCACGGUGGGAUAGCCGAUGAGGGAUUUUCUCCAUCGCCGUCCAGACGGCCCAACCAGACGCCUAUCCAUGAUCCUUACGAGCAGGCGCCCAUGACCCCACGUCCACAGCCAGCAGACAGACCAGAUAGGAAGGAGCAGCAAGGCCAGGACCCUGGAGGACAGCUGCAAAACCCCUCCCAGAUGCCUGGAACCCCCUCUGAGGUUCAGAGUGUUUCUCUGGCCGACAGCGAGGAGAGACUCAAACAGCGUCAACGCAUCCGAGAGCUUAUCCUGAAGCAGCAGCAGCAGAGGAGUGCCAUCCGCCAGGAGAACGCUGGUAUCAUGGCCCCUGGUCCUGGGACACCCCGACCCUGGCCGCACGAGGGACACGGACAACAGGGUGAGAUGUUCAGCCGGCCCCCUCCACCUUACCCUGGGCCGGGCCCCAUGAGCGGACCAAUGAGGUUCCCUGGAUCUGGACCCUUCCCAGGGGACCAGCGAGGCCCUUUCCCUAAUGAGGGUCAGUUCCCCAUAGGACAAUACUCGGGUGAUCCUAAUAUCAGACAUCAGGGGCCAAGGUUUGCAUUUCCACCUAGUGGACCGGGACCUCAUGGUAGCCAGGAGUUCUUCCCCAGAGGCCCUCACCCCAUGCAGGACAUCCACCCUGGGAUGAGACGCUCCAUGUCUGUAGAUAUGGCCAAGUCCAUGGGGGGCAACCCUAUGGGGCUCCCCCAGCAUUUCCCUCCUAGUGGUGUGCCAAUGCAACAGCACAACAUUAUGGGCCAGCCUUUCAUCGAGCUGAGACACAGAGACAGCAGGAUUCGUCUCCCUUUCGGGUCCUCUGGCAUGCAAGGGAACAACAUGGACCCCGACCUCCAGCCCCAGAGGCCUCCUGGUUUCAUGGGAGGGCUUGAAUUCCGGUUGCCUCCAAACCAAGGCCCCAGGAUGAUGAUGGAGUCAAUGGGGGACCAGCAGAUGAGCCAAGGCCAGCUGUCCUCCAACAUUGAGAACCUCCACCAGCAUCAGCAGGCCCAGAUGCAAGGGGGAGCCAUGCCAAGGCAAGCCCAGCUAAUGAGGUCCAUGAGCCAGCCUGCUUCGAACGAGACCCAGGGUAUGUCAGCUUCCAUGAUGAUACCUGGGCCUUCUCCUGGGAAGAGUGAUGGUCAGGGUGGAGUCUCCAUGGCUAACAACAAUGACGGAGUGGAUGACAAACUGGACACAGAUGAAUCGGCCGUCAAAGACCUGGAAGAUGUUGAGGUGAAAGACCUAGUCGAUGCCGAUCUGGACAACCUAAAUCUGGAUCCGGAAGAAGACGGCAAAGACCUAGACCUAGAGACAAAUGACCUGCACCUGGACGACUUCCUGACGUCGGGGAAGUUCGACAUCAUUGCGUACACGGACCCCGACCUGGACGAUGUCAAGAAGGACUUGUUCAAUGAGGAACUGGACCUUAAUGACCCCAUGGAAGACCACAGCGACGCCUGUGACUUCCAGAAGGCCUUGUCUGAGAAGAGGAGUUCUAGCUGUGGCGGUGCUGCAUCUUCCUUCUCCAAUUUGACGUCUGGAAUGGGGAAGUCAGAGGGAAUGGCCGAGAAGACAGCUGAUGUGAAACAGGAAGUGAACUGCCGCCAGAGUUCCGUCUCCUCCCUGACUUUUGAGUAUAAGAUCAAAAUGGAGGACAAAGACAACCUGUCUCAGACGUCCAAUGAGAGGACAGAGCAACAAGCAGACGGAAACACUAACAAGCAAUCAGGAGUGCUCUCUGCCUCCACGCCAGUACUCUCUAGCUUACUAAUCAAGCAGCAACCAGAGGACUCUACCUGUGACAAUCAAGGCAGUGGUAACUCUAUGACACAGCCAAACCAAGACACUCAGAACAACUCUGGACUUAGUAUGGGAUCUCAAACCAUGGAUCCAACUAACAGGGGAGAAGAAGAAGGAGAAGCAUCCAUGUCUACCUUUGAGAUGGACCAGAGUGGGUUGACCCCGGCUCAGCAGGCCCUGUUGGCCCAGACAUUGGGCCAGGCGGGGCCAGGGGGGCACAGACCCCUGCUGCUGGAGGAGCAGCCCCUCCUCCUACAGGACCUGCUGGACCAGGAGAGGCAGGAGCAGCAGCAGCAGAGGCAGAUGCAGGCCAUGAUCAGACAACGCUCCUCUAGUGACUCUUUUUUUCCCAACAUUGAUUUUGAUGCCAUCACUGACCCUAUAAUGAAAGCAAAGAUGGUCGCUCUGAAAGGCAUCAACAAAGUCAUGGUUCAAAACAACAUGGGGAUGACACCAAUUGUCAUAAACAGGUUCCAACCUGGUCCUGCGGCACCAUGUCCUGAAAGCACCCCUGUUCCUCCACAGGCCGUUGGACAGGAUGGCAAGCUGACACCCUCAGUGACAAGGCCCAAUCCUCCCACUUUUGGACCAGGUUUUGUCAACAAUGCUCAGAGGACUCAGUACGAGGAGUGGCUCCAGGAGACCCAGCAGCUGCUCCAGAUGCAGCAGAAAUUUCUGGAGGAGAAGAUCGGCGCCCACAGAAAGUCCAAGAAGGCCCUGUGUGCCAAGCAGAGGACGGCCAAGAAGGCUGGAAGGGAGUUCCCUGAGGAGGACGCAGAGCAGCUCAAACACUUGACGGAGCAGCAGGGUGUAGUGCAGAAACAGCUGGAGCAGAUCCGGAAGCAGCAGAAAGAGCAUGCUGACCUGAUCGAGGAGUAUGGUGUGAAGCAGCAGCAGGGUGGCAGUGGCCUGCCUCCCACUGGGAUGCCAGCAGCAGUGCCAGGAAUGCCACCAAUACAAGGCGGCCCUGCCGGCAUUGUACCAAGUGGGCCUCCAAUGAACCACCCAUCUAUGAACCACAUGGUGCAGCAGGUGCCAAUCCAUCCAGGCCAGCCAAACGCCCCCCCAAAACAAAUGCCCAUGCCCAACGCACCAGCAGGCUGGCAUCCUGGAGCUCCCAUGCCCAUGGGCGGACCCAAUAUGCCCCCUCAGGUUCCCAUGGGAAACCCAGCUCAGCAGCCUCAACUGCCCAUGGGCAACCUGCCUCAGCAGCCCCCACAGAUGCCCCAGCAGAUUCCUCCCCAAAUGCCCCAGCAGAUUCCUCCCCAAAUGCCCCAGCAGAUGCCUCCCCAAAUGCCCCAGCAGAUGCCUCCCCAAAUGCCCCAGCAGAUGCCUCCCCAACUGCCCCAGCAGAUGCCUCCCCAAAUGCCCCAGCAGAUGCCCAUGGAAAACCAGCCUCAGCCUCAACCCGGCGGGGUCAAACCCCCACAGGGCUCCGGUUUGAAGUUUGACGACAACAACCCGUUUAGUGAGGGCUUCCAGGAGAGAGAGCGUCGGGAGAGGCUGAGAGAGCAGCAGGAGAGGCAAAGGGUCCAACUAAUGCAGGAAGUAGAACGUCAGCGCGCCCUAAAACAACGCAUGGAGAUGGAACAGCAAGGCAUGCUGGGGCCUGACGGGGGGAACAUGGUGCCCCUCUCUCAGAUGCCGUUCUUCAAUGCUGAGCUGCCCCAGGACUUCAUGCAGCAGUUAGGACCGAUGUUCCCCCUGCAGCAGCCCAUGCAGCCAGGGAUGGGCUCUCCUCCCGGGGCCUUCAUACAAGGCGGAGACCGGAGGGCCAUAAUGGGUAACGGGAUGAUUCCUCAGGACAUGGGACCUGGUUUUGGGCCUGAUAACAUGGUACUACAGGGUAACUUCGCCCAGGGUCCACACAGACCCCGGAGGUUCAGCGGCCCAGGCGUGAUGCCACAGAUGCCCGGGGAAGGCCCUCCAUUUGGGAGCGGCAACUCCACCACGCCCCUGCCUUCCAACUUCCCCGGCUCGGGUCAGUCUCUGAUCCAGCUCUACUCCAACAUCAUCCCGGAUGAGAAUGGCAAGAAGAAAAGAAACAGGAAGAAGAAGAAAGACAAUGACGAUGCAGAUUCUGUGAAAACGCCGUCCACGCCGCGCUCUGACCUGACUGCCCCUCUGACGCCCUGCCGGUCAGACACAUCCUCCACACCCACCAGGAACAACGCCCACCUUUUCGGGGACCAAGACCUUUCCAGGUCCCCCUUACUUGGCUCCUCCACCUCUACCCCCAGCCAUAGCCACUCAGAGCUGGAGAGGCAGCUCUCUGGAGGGCUGGGUGGAGGGCUGGGUGGUGUUGGGCAGCCUGUAGGGAUGGGUAGCCUCCCAUCAGACAUCUCCCUAGCCAGGGCCCAAGCUCUGGAGCAGGAGCGCAUCCUCAGCAACAUUAAGCUGGAGCAGACUGAGAGCACCGAGUGCCACGGACCCAGAGAUGGCACCUCCUCGCACAUGGGCUCAGGGAUGGGUACGGUGAAGGAGGAGGGUGGAGCUGCAGUACAGAGCCCCUCCCACGGCGGGGGAGCAAAAGGGGAAUCUGGGAGUAACAACGAACUCCUCAAACACCUGUUGAAGAACAGGCAGACGCCUCUUAAUGGACCAGGGCUUCCCCACCAACGGUCAGACAAGAGCCUGAGGUCUGAGGAAGAGGAGGCGGAUGCAGACUGUAAGGCCCUGCUGCUAAGGCAGAGCUCCAUGGACAGCAACGGGGCAUAUUCAGACGGACAGCUCUCUGGCCUUCCAGAGUUCCCAGGACCACUGCUCACAGGACAGGAGAAGAGGAAAGGCAGGAACAAGAGGAACCCCAAAGGAGGAGAGAGGCCCGCCUCUCGUUACAAGAAGAGGAAGAAAGAAGGGGAGGAGAAGCAACUGGUGCACUCCAGCACUGAUACACUAAUGACCCAGCUCAAACAGCAGUUGUCCCUUCUGCCCCUCAUGGAGCCCCUGAUAGGGAUGAACUUUUCUCACUUUGCCCCCUACGGCAGCGGCCAGCUGAACGGUGAGAACCUCCUGUCUGGGACAUUUGGCAGUGGCUCUCUGGACGGAGUCUCUGACUACUACUCCCAGCUCACCUACAAGCAGAACAAUCUGAGCAACCCCCCCACCCCGCCGGCUUCACUCCCUCCGACUCCUCCACCUGUAAACCGACAGAAGAUGAUCAACGGCUUUGCCACUACAGAGGAGCUAGCCAGCAAAGCUGCUGCCAUGGUGUCCAAAAAUCUGGUCUCCAAGCCGCUCCACGUCCCAUUCAGGACCGAGGAGGACCUGCUGGCCCGAGCCAUUGCUCAGGGACCUAAAACUGUGGACGUGCCAGCCUCCCUUCCCACGCCCCCUCACAACAACCAGGAGGAACUCAGUAACAGGCUUGGACAGGAGCAUUGUAAGGACCGGGACACACCAGAUAGUUUUGUCCCCUCCUCGUCCCCAGAAAGUGUGGUUGGCGUGGAGAUAAGCCGUUACCCAGACCUGUCAUUGGUAAAGGAGGAGCCCCUCUCCCCCGUCCUCCCCAUGCUCCCCACACCCUGGGGGAAAGGAUCAGAGGUUAGGCUGAAGACUGAGCUCAAGACUGAGCCCUAUGGGAUAUUCUUUGGCUCCCAUUUUGGCCCGCCGUCUAACGACACUAAACCAGGCCUGGUGUCUGUAGCCAUCACCCUGAGACCAGCGGCUGCUGAGAACAUCACAGGUGUGGUAGCUGCCAUCUCAGAACUGCUGUGUGUGAAGAUCCCCAGCAGCUAUGAGGUGAGCAGCACCCCGGGACCAGACAGGGGGCCCCUGGCCAUGCUCAGCGGCCUGAGGGUGGGCCCCCAAGGAGGCCUGGUGCACCGGCCGGGGGUCCCCAUGAUGUAUCCGGGCCGUGCUGGUGCUGGAGACAUGGGGGGCCCUCACGGAGCCCCAGGCCAGCUCAUCAGGCCUGGGGGAGGAGGACCACAACAGAGGAUGAUGAUGCAACAGCAGCAGGGACAUCCACAGCAGCACAUCCGCUUCCAUCCUGAUGGACCAGGUCCAGCUGCAGUCAGAGGCCCUCAUCAGAAGACCCCCGGCAGCCCAGGCUCCAAGCCCCAGUGGUGCUGCCACUGUAAGGUGGUGGUGCUGGGAAAUGGAGUCCGCAAGUCCAUCAAAGACCUUCCAGUACACAAACAGGAACAAGAAGGUUUGUUGCGUUCCGAGGGGAACUUGGUCUUCUGCAGCCACAGCUGCUUCCUCCUCUACUCUGCUUCCUCCUCCUCUUCCUCCUUGUCGCAGGCCAGAACCACUACAGACUCCAAGGACUCGGUAGCCCUCCUGUCUCCAGACUCAGACCAGAAAGUGAGCCUGUCUAAAGCCCUCCACCAGUACAGCAACAACAUGUCCUCUCUGGAUGUCCACUGUCUGGCCCAGCUCCAGCUCAAGCAGUCCCCUCCCUCCACCUCACCCAUCCCCUUCCCCCCAGCCAGUGACACCUCAAAGACCCCUAAGACAGAGGCCAAGUCAGACACCAUCAAAGUGACGGUGAAGCUGAAGGCGCGGGGCCCCAGGGCUCAACAGGAGGGCUGGCACCAGGGGAAGAGACACAAGGGUCUCCAUUGGAGGAAAUGGACAGUGCAGGUGGUGGUGUCCAGAGGAAGCUCCCAGCUCCCUGAUGAGGACCAGAUAGAUGAGCUGCUGAGGAAGCUGGGAGCGUCUCUCCGCCCCGGGGCCAGUCUCAGGGACCAGCGCCGCUGCUGCUUCUGUCACCAGCUGGGGGAUGGGGUCACCGAUGGCCCUGCCCGACUCCUCAGCCUGGACCUGGAUGUGUGGGUGCACCUCAACUGUGCCCUCUGGUCCACCGAGGUGUAUGAGACGCAGUCAGGCGCUCUGAUCAAUGUAGAGCUGGCGCUGAGGCGGGGUUCGGCGGUCCGCUGUGCCUUCUGCCAGCAGAUGGGCGCCACCAGCGGCUGCCACCGCCUGCGCUGCACCAACAUCUACCACUUCACCUGCGCCCUGCAGGCACACUGCAUCUUUUUCAAGGACAAGACCAUGCUGUGCCACGCCCACCGACCCAGAGGCUCCACCCACGGUGGCUCUGGCCACGUCCUGGAGCACGAGCUGCGCUGCUUCGCUGUGUUCCGCCGUGUCUACAUCCAGAGGGACGAGGUGAGGCAGAUGGCCAACGCCAUACAGCAGCCCGAGCUGGGCUACACCUUCAGAGUGGGCAGCCUGGUGCUCUAUGCCGUGGGUCAGAUCACCCCGUUCCAGAUGGCCGCCUUCCACUCGGCCACAGCCAUCUUCCCCGUGGGCUACGAGGCCUGCCGCAUCUAUUGGAGCAUGCGCCAUGGAAACCGUCGCUGCCGCUACCUGUGCUCCGUAGAGGAGAGGGAGGAGCAGCCGGAGUUCAGCAUCCGCGUCAUUGAGCAGGGAUACAAGGACCUGGUCCUCACUGACUCCACCGCCAAAGGAGUGUGGGAUAAGGUCCUGGUUCCGGUGGCUGACAGGAGAACUGAAAUAGGAACUUUGAAACUCUUUCCUGUCUAUCUGAAAGGAGAGGACCUGUUUGGGCUCACCGUUUCUGCAGUUACCAAGAUCACUGAAUCGCUCCCAGGGAUAGAGGCCUGUGACAGGUAUACCUUCCGUUACGGCCGUAACCCUCUGAUGGAGCUGCCUCUGAUCUUUAACCCGUCCGGCAGUGCCCGGGCCAUGCCCAAAACCAGCUCCCCAUCCACCGCCGUUGUCAUUAGGCCCCAGCCGGUAUCCAGCACCACCAAUACCUCCUCCAGGUGUCAGAACACAGCCCAGGGGGAGGGAGGUGUACCCCACACCAAGCCUCCCAUGGUGCACCACAGGUCGUCGCAGUACCGCUGGAUGAAAAGUGAGUGGAGGGCCAACGUCUACCUCGCUGCCUCCAAGAUCCAGGGCCUGGGUCUAUAUGCAUCCAGGGACAUAGAGAAACACACCAUGGUGAUCGAGUACAACGGAACCGUCCUCCGCAACGAGGUGGCCAUCAGGAAGCAAAGGACUUACAAGUCUCAGAAUCGUGGCGUGUUCAUGUUCCGCAUCGACAGUGAACAUGUCGUUGAUUCCAGUCAGACAGGGGGUCUAGCAAGGUACAUCAACCACUCUUGUACCCCAAACUGUGUCGCUGAGGUGGUAACCUUCGAAAGAGGUUAUAAAAUCAUCAUCACCUCCAACCGCAGAAUCGAGAAAGGAGAGGAGCUUUGUUUUGACUACCAGUAUGACUGUGUGGACGGCCAACACAAGAUCGCCUGUCACUGUGGAACAGCAGACUGCAGGAAAUGGAUCAACUGAGAAAAACCUCAAAUGACAACAACAAACAUAAAUGCAUUCCUUGCCAUAUUAUGCAGAUGCCCUGAUCUCUGUGUAGAAAGAGAGAGGUGCUUCAGACUUUGUUAGAACGAGCAGAAGGCCUGAGUAAACCCUAAGAGUGACGCGUGAAUGGAUUCCCAUGUUUGGAAGCAUAGACUGAAGAUGGACAGAAGGAAAGGGUGUGGAAAGAGGAGAGCAGGAAGAAACAACAGCACAUAGACAUGUGAUUUGUGCCAUAUUACGCGAGAGGAUGGGUUUUGAUGGAAGGACUGUCAAUGAGUGCAGCGUCUGUGUAUUAGUGAGAUGAUAUACAGUAGGGCACAGAUGAGAAUCCACCAGCGAAUGAGGCGAGCGCACUGUGCAGGGCGUGGACCCUAUUGGUUGUUAAGGGCAGGCCCUUUUGUUUAAAACUUUAAAUGUAAAACCAUUUGACUAAAUGUAGACAUCACUGAAUGGGGAAUGUACAGCAAUGACUACCGCAAAGGGAAUAUUAACUUGCACUAAAAAUUUAAAAAAGACACACGUACACACAAACUUUAAGAUACUUGAUUCCAUGAGUCAGUUUUAUCAUAGGUUUCUGUCAUGUGAUUUGAGUGAAAUUCGAGAGGACGUUUUGUAUUUAUUAUUGAAUGAAUGAAUUUUUUUCUCAAAAUGAUGAGACAGUAAAAAGAAGGUUAAACUGAUAUUGUUUUCUGAAGAUUGAAGAAAUUCUGUUACUUGUGUACAAAUGUAUAUAAAGAAAAAUAUAGGAAUAACUGACCAAAUACUACCUUAACCUUCUUGAUGUUUGGGUGAUUUUUAAUUAUUAUUUAAUUUUUUGUCAUUGCAGUUUAUUUAAGAAGGAUGUCAUAAUAUCAGUUUCAGAGUAUAUAUUAUGAUUAUUCUGUACAGAAUUUGUAAAAUAACCACAAUAAUUCACAAAGUAUUUUUGUUGUAUUAAAAGUAUGGUAUUGUAGCUUAGUGUUUUUGUGAUUUACACGUACUUUGACCACUCAAAAAGAAAUAUUUUUGGUGACUGAGUGUGGAAAUGAGUUAUUGGUUAAAGAAUAAAAAAUGGUAAAGACAUCAUUCUGACAUCUUUGCUGUUAAUCAGGUUUGAUUUUAUAGAGCUGUGAAAAGGUUUUAAUCCACCCAAACACAAUUUUAACUUCUUUUUAACCCAAAUAUGUGUAGGAAUAUAACCUUGUUUUUUCUGUUUGUUUUUUUACAUAGAAAUUGUGUACAGACGUCGUAUGACAUUGCUUACUGCUUCAGGCGUUUGAAAUUAAAGUGUACUGAAAAAAUAAAAUAAUGUUUCUUGCAGAGGAAAAGGUCGGGACAUUUGGUGGUGCUACAUUUUGAAAAGAGAUGACAUUCUACUUAAUCAGAAAUGUAUGUGAUAUUGACACAUCACAAGCCACAUACAGUAGUUAGAUGUUUUGCGAGCACAAUUUCAACUCGACUGUAAAAUAUUGGAGACAGUCUUAGAACUUGUAAUGUAUAUGGCAUGUAUUUUUUUAACUUUCCGAAGACUCAAUUGUAUAUAUUUUCUCAAUGAAUGGUUGUAACAAAAUUGUUUCUUGGAUAUUUUUCUUCUCUUGUAUAAAAUGACAUCGUCCUACCAGUGUGUUUGUGCUACAUUUUUCUUGGUCCUGUAGUCUCAAAAUGUUUUUAAAAAUGCAUUUAGAACUGUACAGAGAAAUAUGAGGGUUGGAGUUUAGAAUUGAAUUUAGAAGCAUUUACAAAAUAAACUAUUUUACAUCUUAA